UGACGACGAGCGAUUGUGAAUCUCUUCGGCAGAGCCCAGAAGGCACAGCCGCUCUGACUCAGCCCCUCAGCCAGAGGCCGGGCAGCCGAGAUUCCUAUAGGUGCCUUGGCCCAACUCCUCGGAGGAGGAGGAAGAAGCAUUCCAAAGGCCACCAAAGGACCAUCACAGAUUACUUCAGGAGUAGAUCCCGCAUCUCGCCAUGCUCCAGUAACAUGGCGGAGAGCCACAAAGCCAAAGUUGAAGAACCUCUGGAGAAUUUCGCUCACGGCUCGGCGUCCGACUCGGACGAUUCUUGCAGUCUUCUUGACGAUUGGACGGACGUGUCGGCGAUCCCCAAGAAACAGUUACGUUUCUCCCGGGGACCUAGUGACUUCGACGGACGCCCUGGCCAAGAGGUCCAAGAACGGAGACCAUGGUUGGUGAGGCUUCCUGAAGAGCGCUCGGGUGAUGGAACUGUCACAGAGGAAGUUCAAGACAUUGAGGUGGAUCCACUUCCCGAUGUCCACUUUGGGCUGUUAGGAACCACCUCGGGGGAUGACGUGCCUCGGGGAACCCUGGACAAACUGCCUGAUGAAAUUCUUCAGGAGAUCUUUGUCCUGCUACCUGUGGCUGAUCUCCUCCAAAACCUCCCUCAGGUGUGUCGGCGUUGGAAGCGUAUCGUCUCUGACGUGAAGUUCAUUCCUUGGAAGAAGCUGUAUUAUCAGUAUUUGAAGGGAAUCGGCCACACCUCGCAGACCCUUCAAUUCAUUCUGCAACGGUACGGCCUAACCAAGGAGCACCCCCAGUGCAUGCUGGGAUUUAUUCGGUGA